AUAAAACAACGAGUGAAUACUGCGUUCUGUGGUGAAAACUCACACUGUAGUAUUUUGUAUCAAAAAGUUUGUGUUUUUUAACUAAUAUUUUCAGAAAAUGAUUAGUUAAUCCAAGAAAUUAGUAUAAUAUCAAAUAGUUAGAUGGCCACCGUAAGUCUUUUACCGAAAAACAGUGUAAAUAAUGCAUCAAUCAAGUUCAUUCAGCGAAUGAAAUCAUCUCAAACAAUUACAUUUAAUGAAAGAAGUUCGGAAACUCCGAUUAUAGUAAUGCGAGAAAGAAAUCAAGUUGAAGUUAUAGGUCCGCCAGACCCGGAUUCUAACCUUAGACCUAUUAUAAGAAAACGACAAUUUAACGAAACACCACUACAAACGAAACUAAGGGAAAUGCAAAAUGAUACCCAGAACUGGAAUCAACAUUUCUGGAGUAAUCAUAAUAGAAAGUUCGUCAAAGAAAAACAAGAUUUUAUUGAUGAUUUAAUUAACAAAGAUAAGGAUAAACAAAUUACAGCGGAUGAAAUGAGUGGAUUCUAUAAAAAAUUUUUGAAUGAUAAUUGGAAAACUCAUGUUAGGUACAACAAAGAGUGGUACAUUAGGAAUUUGACUAUUUUAAUGUAUUCACUGGGUGUUACAUUAGAGAAAAAUACUUUAAGUUUCCUCACAAAAUUCAAGUGAUUAUUUAACGUCUAAAGUAAAUCGUUAUUUAUAUAUAAAUGUAAAUAUUUGUUAUGUAAAAUAAAAUUGUUACAAAAGA